AUGAUUGAGAUUAAUCCAUGGACCAAAAUAAGUACGAAAGAAUCCGCUGCAAGUAUCUAUAGGUAUUUUUUGAUUUCAAAGCCUGAAUUUUGCCUUGAAUUUCAGAGUUGAUCGUACAAUUGAUUUGGUAGAUUUCACUGUAAACGGCCAUGAAGAAACUGAACCAUCGCUGAUUGUAAGUUUGACUAAACUGAGUUUUGUGCAAAAUUAAUGAAAUUUACAGCCAUUUCAAAAAGAAAUGAAAGAAGAAUUUUGUCAAAUUAUGGGCGAAACAAAGAAAAAUAUACAACUUGAAGAGCAUCAAAGAUUUUCCAUCGAACGAACAAAUUGCAAAUUGUAUGACGAAGCAUCAUCUUCUCACAUGGUUACAUUGAUUGAAGCUAAGCGAAACUGUUUUCAACCAUACCCUGAAACUGAACUGUUGACAACAGUUGCAGCUUUGAAAAUUAUUGGAGACACGAUUUUGCAUCCAGCAAAGUGAUAACUUUGUUUAAAAAAAAUCAUCAAACAUAUUAAUUUUCAGAAAUUGGAAAAUUCGUGCAUAUCGAGAAGUUAUUGAUAGAAAGAGAUGUAUUAUUUUAUGUUCUGAAAAUGAAAAUGUGUUCGAAAUAAAAUCAAGUUUUCCGAUAAAAAGAGAUGAAGAAAUGUUGGAUUCGAUGUGCGAGAUAAAUUCAGCAAUUAAUAAAAUGACAGAAGAUAAUAGAAAUAAGUCAAUUUGUGGUGCACAAUUCGUUGAAUCCGAAUUUCGAUUGGAAAACAAAUCUAUUAAAGCUUGCGUGUUUGGAGAAAUCGAUAUGAUAAUUGGAGUCCAAAAUCAAAUCAGAUUUCGAGGUUUAAUCACAACAACAUAUAAUAAAAUUGAAAGAAAUCAUCGAAUUUCGUUUACCGACACUGAAUUGUUUUACAAAAGUUUUGAAAAUACAUGGCCACGUGCAUUUUGGAUAGGAAUUCCAGAAAUAAUAUAUGCUCUUCGACAAGAUUCGGAAAUGACUAUUGAAUCGGUGAGUUAUAGGGUGAAAGUGAUUUUAAAAUUGAAUAACAUCUAUUUCACAAUUAAAUACUUUUAACUGAAAUUAGUUUUUUUGUAGCUGGAAAAAGUUCCAAUCGAAUGGAUAUCAAAAAGAUACAAUUGUGGAACAAGUCGAUUAGUUGAUCAAUCAGUUUGGUGUGUUGCAAAAGUUUUAUUCGAAAUCAAAUCAAUGUUUGAAUCGAAAACCAAUUCACCGAAUAAUAUUUUGGUGAGUAUUUAUGUAUAUUUAUCCGAAAAUAUCUAUUAAUAAAUUCAGGUAACAUAUGCUGGCGCAAUUAAUGAAGAUGAAGAUGUUCCAAUUAUUCUUGAUUUCUGUCCGAAUAGCUACAGUUUCCGAUUGCUGCAAGAGCAGGUUUAUCUGAAAAAGAUUUUGGUAAUAAUUAGUUGUUUUGUUUGAAAAAAAAACAAGAUUUUUUUCAGGAUGAAAUGAACAACAACGAUACUCGAACAAGGAAAUUACAAUAG